CAGGCUGCAGCCGCGCGUCGCGGUCUACGCAUUCUGGACUCCCCUCCGCCUCCUGACGACUGCAUCCGAAGAUGGCCGGAGCCAGAUCCGCGGCCCUGCUCGCGCUGCUCCUCUUGGUCUCCGCGGGGGCGUUCUCGGCGGCCGCCGCCGCCGCCGGGGCGCGCAAGGGCGGGUCGGGCCGCGGCGGCCUGCCGCCCUGCCGGGAUCUGGCGACGCGGGGCGAGUGCACGGCGCGCAGCGGGUGCCGGUGGUGCCGCAGCGAGGCGCUCGACGACAUGUGCUUCGGGGCCACCGAGGCGUGGCGCCUCCCGCGCCAGGUCUUCUCCUGCGACCCGCCCUCCGGCGCCGCGAAUGCCCGGAAGUAACGCCGCCGCCGCGGAAGCUCUGGCUUCGGGAUCGCUCCAUCUGACCUUUGCUGUUGCCGGGCUUUGGCUGUUUUCUUUUCUGGAUCGGAGAUUUACGAUAGCGUGUUUACUGCUGAUGUAUGAUUGUAUUGGCCUUGUGCAUUAUACUGUAAAAUCUGGUCGAAAUCCGAUCUGAGCGUGGCAAAUGACACUGUUGAUUCUAAAAAUGCACGACCUGUCAUUUGGAUGAUUUGCC